AUGUCCUCAGCUGGCUCCUCCUCUACCUCGCAGUCUGCUUCGCCAAGCUUGGUGCUCAAGGAUACGGCACGAACAACAGGGGUUCUCAACCUGCACUAUGUCCCGGACGAUAAGCCUGUCUUCUCCUGCGAGAAGUGCUCUGACACUGUAGCGCUGCAGGAUGAGCUGGUCUCGAAGGCUUUCAAUGGGAGGUCUGGUCGGGCAUAUCUCUUCAAUACGACUAUCAACACGAACCUUGGCAAGCGGGAAGAGCGCAAGUUGAUUACCGGGAUGCACACUGUAGCGGACCUUCUUUGCGCGAGCUGCGAUACGAGCCUGGGGUGGAUGUAUAUCCGAGCGCCGACGGGAGAUCAGCGGUACAAAGAGGGAAGGUACAUUCUGGAAGCAGCAAAGGUAGUCAAGGAGAACAACUGGUGA